AUGAUGGGAACGAAACCAUCUAAAAGAGGCAGUAUGAAGAAGGGGGUCCCGCCCCUGGAGGGCAGUGGUCUGCCACUGGCAAAGGCUAUGUUAGGAGGCAGCGGCGACGCGGCAGCUGAGGAUGAGGAGGAAGAAGAGUUGAGGGAAGGAAAGCAGUUUGAGGAGCCCAUAUGUGCUCUGGUUCAGAACUGCACCAUGUUGCACAACAUCGUGGGCCCGGCCUGCAUCUUCCUGCGACAAAGCUUCGUUCAGGCUCAACUCGACAGAGAUCUACGGCCAGAGGAAAUUGAAGAGCUGAAAGAAGCUUUCCGAGAGUUUGACAAAGAUAAGGAUGGCUUCAUUAGCUGUAAGGAUCUGGGCGAGUGCAUGAGGACGAUGGGUUACAUGCCCACAGAAAUGGAGCUGAUUGAACUCAGCCAGCAGAUUUGUGGCGGUAGAGUGGACUUUGAGGACUUUGUGGACCUGAUGGGACCAAAGAUGCUGGCUGAGACGGCAGAUAUGAUUGGAGUGAAAGAACUGAGAGAUGCUUUUAGAGAGUUUGACUCCAAUGGUGACGGUCAGAUCAGUCUGGCUGAACUGAGGGAAGCCAUGAAGAAGCUGAUGGGAGAGCAGCUCAACCACAGAGAGAUUGAUGAGAUCCUCAGGGAUGUGGACCUCAAUGGAGACGGUUUGGUUGACUUUGAAGAGUUUGUCCGAAUGAUGUCUCGCUAACUUCGAGGACGCGGGAAAAGGGAGACAACAAUUAAGCACUUUGCCAACUCCUACUGUGAAGAGUAAAAUACUAAGCGUCUCCUACUUUAUAAA